GCGAGUACCAAAAUGAAAAAAUCAAAGAGUGUUUUGUUCCUUGUGUCCAGAGCCAGGAGACAAUAAGCAAUGCCCUGUCUUGCAGCCCCAGACCCUUCAAUAUGUGUCAGUGCUUUACAAUCCAGUUGGGAAUGGAUGUUCCCCAUGCCCAGCAGCAUGAGGGGCUAAUCCAUUCGGGAGGCGUAAGGGCCUCCCAUCUCUGUGGCUCUGAAAUCCAGCCAGAAUUGCAAAUGAGCAAACCAAACCUGGCAGUUGUACCAUGAUCUCCUGCUUGGCAGGGGAGUGGGGAAGACAAAACAAAACCCCAUCUUAACUAGCCAGGCCCAGAAUUGAAAUCCUGCCCUGACAGCAGGCAGGCAGACAGACCUGUUUGGUGUGAGCAUCCGUGACAGGGCUUUUGGUCAGCCUGGCCACCGGAGCACUCGGCUCUGCCAGCCUCAGAGCUGGAAGAGUGGGAGGAUCUGAAUAAGAUCUCUGCAGUCAGCAGCUGCUGUGGUUAUUCUGGCAUUAAUUUGACGUAUACCACAUCUCAUCUCCUAAACUCUCCCUGGGAAGUGGCAUGUGGUUCCUCUGUGUUUGAAGUACCAAAGGGCUUUUGCCUUUGCAGCACAUUAGCAAGUUUGGCUUGCUUGAAAAGGACUUUAUCCUGCCCAGAUGGGGCUGGGUUAGGUACUGCAAUCAAGUAGACUUUUUCUUUUCUGGAGCCUUUUUGGGUAUAAUUUGGAAGAGGGGAUUGUGAACUCUCUUUGCCUCCUCUGCAGCCCCCAUUCAUUUUGCAAAGCGCCUGUGAUUGAUCUGGCAGAAUGGGAUGUAUUCACAAGCAGAGCUGGAGGGCAGCAGGAAGGACAAAACCCCACCACAGCCUCUGAAAUGAAUCAUGGGCUCUGAAAAGAUCAGCUGGGGUUAAGGCGUAGCAGUGAAAAGCUAUUGUCUGGAGCCUGACUGUGGCUAAAAGCAUUAUUUAUCCCGAUUUGGGUAGUGGUGGUAGGAGGGCGUGGUGUUCCCAGGAACAGCAAAGCCAGUGUGCUUAGUGGUGAACAUGAACUUUAUUUGAUUGUGUCACAGGUAGCUAGAGAAGCUUUUUGGAGUAUCUCAGCUACAGAGCAGCCAGUCCAAUACCGAUUUGUGAAUAGAACUGCAUGGGUUGCAUGCAAAGAGGAUUUCCUACAGGCAAGAGCUCUGCCACCAUGUCUGUCAGCGUCCACGAGAACCGGAAAUCCCGCACCAGCACCGGCUCCAUGAACAUCUUGCUUUUUCACAAGGCCUCCCACCCCGACUGCGUCCUGUCCCACCUGAACACGCUGCGGAAGCACUGCAUGUUCACCGAUGUCACCCUGUGGGCAGGGAACAGGUCAUUCCCGUGCCAUCGGGCAGUGCUGGCUGCCUCCAGCAGGUACUUCGAAGCCAUGUUCAGCAAUGGCCUCCGGGAGAGCCUGGAUGACGAGGUGAACUUCCGUGACAGCCUCCACCCGGAGGUGCUGGAGCUACUGCUGGACUUUGCUUACUCCUCUCGGAUCAUUAUCAACGAGGAGAAUGCUGAGUCCCUCCUGGAGGCUGGGGACAUGCUGCAGUUCCAUGACGUCCGAGAUGCAGCGGCCGAGUUCCUGGAGAAGAAUCUCUACCCUUCCAACUGCCUGGGCAUGAUGCUGCUCUCGGAUGCUCAUCAGUGCCGGCGGCUCUAUGAGCUCUCCUGGAGGAUGUGCCUAGUCAACUUUGAGACUGUUCACAAGAGUGAGGACUUCAACAACCUUUCCAAGGACACUUUGCUGGACCUCAUCUCCAGUGAUGAGCUGGAAAUUGAGGAUGAAGAAAAGGUCUUUAGGGCUGUCAUGCAGUGGGUGAAAUAUGAUCUGGAUGAGCGGAAGGCUUAUCUCCCAGAACUUCUGAGGAAUGUUCGUCUGGCUUUGCUUCCUUCUGAAUGCCUCAAGGAAGCCUUGGCUUGCGAGGACUUGAUCAUGGUGGAUGAAAGGAACAAGCUCGUCCUGGAUGAAGCUAUUCAAUGCAAGAAGAAGAUCCUCCAGAAUGAUGGAGUGGUCACCAGCCCCUGUGCCAGGCCUCGCAAAGCUGGGCACACCUUACUGAUCCUGGGAGGACAGACCUUCAUGUGUGAUAAGAUCUACCAAGUGGAUCACAAAGCAAAGGAAAUUAUUCCCAAAGCAGACCUGCCAAGUCCACGGAAGGAGUUCAGCGCCUGUGCCAUUGGCUGCAAAGUGUACAUCACUGGAGGCAGAGGCUCAGAGAAUGGAGUCUCCAAAGAUGUUUGGGUUUAUGACACAGUGCAUGAGGAGUGGUCCAAAGCUGCCCCGAUGUUAAUUGCUCGGUUUGGGCACGGCUCAGCUGAAUUGGAAAACUGCCUGUAUGUAGUUGGUGGACACACUGCAGUAGCUGGAGUCUUCCCUGCAUCUCCUUCUGUUUCCUUGAAGCAAGUAGAGAAGUACGACCCCAUAUCCAACAAGUGGAUGAUGGUAGCUCCAUUGAGAGAUGGAGUGAGCAACGCUGCGGUGGUGAGUGCCAGGCUGAAGCUCUUUGUGUUCGGUGGGACCAGCAUCCACCGAGACAUGGUGUCCAAAGUCCAGUGCUAUGAUCCAGCUGAGAACCGAUGGACGAUCAAAGCCGAGUGCCCGCAGCCCUGGCGCUACACGGCGGCCGCUGUCCUGGGCAGCCAGAUUUUCAUCAUGGGAGGAGACACGGAGUUCACGGCAGCCUCCGCCUACCGCUUCGACUGCGAGACGGACCAGUGGACGCGCAUCGGGGACAUGACGGCCAAGCGCAUGUCCUGCCACGCCCUGGCCUCGGGGAACAAACUCUAUGUGGUAGGAGGUUACUUUGGCACUCAGAGGUGCAAAACGCUGGACUGCUAUGACCCUAUGUCAGACACAUGGAACUGUAUCACCACCGUGCCUUACUCGCUCAUCCCCACAGCUUUUGUCAGCACCUGGAAGCACUUGCCCUCGUGAUGAGGGGCAGGGCUUCGGGGCUUUUUUCCAGGAAGUCAAUGAAGAUGCCAGAGUCACCUCCAUGUCCCCUCUCUUGCGGCUGGAGCCGACACAGUGACCAAGAGUCUCCUGUCCUCCUGCGCAGGACUCCGAGGCAACUUCCACAUCCCUUCCUGACACCGGGAGUGGGAGGCACAGCUGGGGCCCCACCACCAGCAUCCUGCCGGGGGACACCAAGGGCUACCCAGCCCCACCACUGGUCACUGGCCACCGUGCAGGGAUGGCAAGGAGCUGAGAGCACUGCCUUGCCAGACUGGGCACAGGGAUGGCUUGUGGGCUCCUCUGGACCAGCAGGGCUGGGAGAUGGAGGCUGCAUCCCUCGCCAAACAUGACUGAGUAGCCCUUUUUGUUACUCAGUUGGGGGCGUUAAGAGAUUAAUACUUUUUUUUUUUUCUAGGGCAGUGAACUUGCUAUUGGCAGUGCUUGCUGCUUGGGUGACUUGGAAGUGUUUGUUAAAGGGAGCAAGGUGAGAGCACCUGGCUCUCCCCAUCCUCUGGCCAUUUCCUGGAGGCAAUGGCUAUUGAGAUAAUAAAACAUAGGAGCUUGGGAUGGCUGCCAGCAGCACCAGGUACCAUGACAAAACAGGGCAGAUGCCUUUUGGUUUGUACUUUGGGCCUUUUAAAUUUCUCCCCCCCUUUUCCUCGCUGCUGUGAUUUGGUCAGAGGUCGGGUAGCUCCCCACACACAGCUGCUGGGAAGAGCACAGGGUUGUUAGUGUGCCAAGGCAGCAGCACUGCUGCCGAGAUAUUCCCGAGAUAAAGCCCACUGCAUGCUCAGAGCCGGUCUGCUGAGCUUCCCUGCGCGUGGGUGAGGCUCUCAUUAGCAAAGGAGCAGAAAAAGGGGUGCAGUGGGGAACACUCGUGCCUUGGGAAAGGGCACCUUGGCUCCAGCAAGGCCUCAGAGGGAGAGGAAGAGGAUUAGGGUAGCAUUGCAGAGUGGGCUGGGGAGGGAUUCCUCUCCUUCCUGCUGCACCCCACAUCCUGGCCUCUCCUUGGAGAGAUGUGAGCAUAUCUGACUGCAUGCUGCCUGCCAGCAGUUGGGCUGAGGCUGCCCCAGGUUAUCCACGCACGCUGGCUGCCAACUGUGUUUGGGAUUAUGCAUCCAAGAGCUGUCAGCCCCAGCCAUUCCUCCCUUUGCUGUGGAGGAGGGCAUGUGGAUUUCGGCUGUCAGUACAGGGAUGCAGCUCCUGACUGGCCUCUCUGGGGCUGGCCACUGCCGAGGACUGGUCCUGCACUGCUCCAGCAUCCUGCUUCCCUGCACAGCAGAUCUCCAGAUUCUCCGGGCUCGCCUCUUGCCCCUGGAUGAGGCCGGGCUGUAGCUUGGCCAGCUGAAUGAUGCAAUGCCAUGAAAAGCCUUGACACAGCUUCAAACAGCAAAGGUCUUUUUGGAGCAGCGGGUGCCCGUUGCUGCCGGGAAGAACACGCCUUCUGCACAGCCAGUCUGCGAUGUGCUGGAUGACGUUUAUUUACAUCUUCUAGUCUUUUUUUUUUUUUUUUUCCCUUCAGCUGCUUGUGAACUUUAAUAAAAAUGAUGAUCUGGGAAACUGUUUGUGUAUUUUUCACAGGAGUCUUCAUUCUUAAGUUGGAUUUAGGUCUAAUAACAGGGCCGAGGACUAAUAACAGGGUUGGCGAUCCGUGGGGUGGUUCACAAACAGCAUCCAAAGCAACCAGCCCA